GAGGGCGACAAUCAACAGGUUCGAUGAAAUCUUUUAAGUUUAUAAAUUUAUCUCCAACAAAAAUCAAGAAAUGUGUGUUACAGCGUUCUGCAUCAAUGCGAAUCCAUCUGCUGGUGGCUACAGAUUCGUUAUGAUAUUCAACAGGGAUGAAUUUCUCAACCGACCCACCAAAGCUGCCCAUUUCUGGACUGAUCAUCCCGAUAUUGUUGGUGGUGUUGAUAUGAAUCCAGGAAAGGAAGGAGGGACAUGGCUUGGAAUGAGUAAAAAGGGAAGGUUAGCGGUCAUUCUUAACAUCUUCAAUCCUGGUGGUAUCAGAGAUGAUGCUAAGGGCAGAGGAGCUCUGGUGUCAGAUUUUCUGACAGGGGAGCAGACAACAGACGACUAUCUAAAGAAAAUCGCAGAAGAUGGAGAAGAUUAUAAUGGAUUUAAUCUCUUUACUCUAGAUAUCAGCAAUGGGGAUGCUGCUUAUUUCAGCAAUAAAUCAGGCAAGCCACCGCAAAAGCUGCAGCCAGGCAUCUUUGGAGUCUCCAAUUCCACUCUUGAAAAACCGUGGCCAAAGGCAAAUCAUCUGAAGACGAACCUAGAGGAGAUUAUCAACAGCUCCAGUGAUCUUUCAUCAGAAGAUCUUCUCAAGAAGCUUCACAGCGUUUUGGAAAGCUGUGAAUUGUUGAAUGGUGAACAGUUUAAAUUCAAACCUGGGAUGACUAUAGAAGAAAUGAGAGCAGUACUGCCACAGAUGGUACAUGUUUGGUCACCAGUCUAUGGAACACGGUCUAGCACCGUGAUAACUGUAGAUGCUGCAGGAGAAGUGGUCUACUCUGAGAAGUCUUUGGAAGAACCCAUUGACCCUUCUAAUCUGAAAUGGACCACCAAAGAACACAGAUUCCAUCUCACAUGUGCUUUAUGACGAGCCUCUUUACCCUCUGAUGAUCUGAAAUAGACUACCAAAGAAAAUGAAUUCUAACUCUCUUUUAAAGGGAUCCGGUAACUUAAUUUGUCUCAGAUUCUGAAACAAAAUUCUGGAUUUUGCUCAUG